AUGAGCGCAAGCACUUCUGCCGGUCACAAUGUUUGGGACGAGGAUUGGGAACAGCAGGCGGAUGUAGGUCCUACCUUCGACGAGCAGCCCCCGCCGGAGAAGAAAGUCUCAUCCAAAGUCACCAAAGCACAGCGCAGAGCGCAGCAGGCCGAAUUUAACCGUCAACUAUGGGCCGAAGCAGAACAACCCCAGACCCUCCACUUCCUCGAAGCCCAAUCCAACGUCCCCCUGAAACAAGAAUUCAAACCUACCGUAACCGUUCUCAGUCGCAAACCUCAGGCCUCAGCUUCACGGAGUGCCGCAACACCCAGCAUAGCGACAGCUGGUAUGGCCCGAUUGGCCCUGGUCGCGGACGAUAAAGUCGAAGAGUCUGAUGACGAGGACGAGAAGAACAAAGCACCUGAGCCGACUCCCGAAGAGCGUCAAGCAAUUGCAAUGCGGAGUCUAGAGGAGAGGCAGCGCAAGUACGAGGAGGUACGAGAGCGGCUGUUUGGGAGUCCGUCUGCCAAUACGUCCGGUACUUCUACCCCUCGCAGUGCAACCCCGCCUAACAGGCAGAACGAGGGCCGAGGGAAAGGCAAGAGCCGCGGUGGAGGAAGAGACAACAAUAAGGACAAUCACAAGGAAAAGAGAGAUUCUUCGUCAACAUCGUCUAAGUCGCGACAACUCUAUGACCCAGGAAAUGCUCCUCGAUCGAACCCAAACUAUGUACAGAAAAAGGACAGCCAAUCUCCCGGUGAACGGAUCGGCGGUCAACAGCAAUCCCCACGCCAGCCGUAUCGUCAUCCCCGAGGACCAGAUGCCAAUGGGCGUGGCGGCUUCAAGCCCAGGGGUGCAAAAACAACUUAAGAUGCAAAGGAAAGGCUCAUCAUGGUCUACCGUUUUAUUCUAUUUCUGGGAAAUCACCCCGGCAUAUAACCCCGCCCACAUCGCCAAACAUCCCACACGUCCAGCGAUUCAUAGGCAAGGCUAUGCCGGGAGAAGCUCAAGGCAGUCCUCUCCCAGAGUUGAUCGCAUUCGCAACCUGAGAAGUGUUGGGGCGGUUUUCUAUAACAAAAGUUAGCGCGGGGGCGCCAAUUUUCUUCGAGCAGGAA